AUGAUCAUAUCAACAGAUAAUCCUGCUGUACAAGGUUGGAGAUAUUUCAAUCACAGUCUGUAUUACAUCUCUACUGAAGAGAAGAUCUGGAGUGAGAGCAGACAGGACUGUAUAAAGAGAGGAGCAAAUUUGGUCAUUAUAAACAGCGAAGAGGAACAGAAGUUUGUUGAUGAAUUGAGGAAGAUCAGCUAUUCAUCUCUUUGGAUUGGUCUGACUGACAGAGACACAGAGGGGGUGUGGAAAUGGGUGGAUGGUACAGCACUGAACACUGAGUACUGGUAUGAAGGACACCCCAAUGUUGGCCAAUAUGAAAAUGAGCGAUGUGUUUUUAUUUUUUGGGUGCACAACAGUCUGAAAAGCUGGUAUGAUGUAUCAUGUUCUCAUUAUAUGUACCACUGGAUAUGUGAGAAGAGACUUUUAAGCUGA